AUGGAACUCCCCAACUACAGCCGGCAGCUGCUCCAGCAGCUCUACACGCUGUGCAAGGAGCAGCAGUUCUGUGACUGCACCAUUUCCAUCGGGACCAUUUACUUCCGGGCCCACAAACUCGUCCUGGCUGCUGCCAGCCUCCUCUUCAAAACCCUGCUGGACAACACAGACACCAUCUCCAUUGAUGCAUCCGUGGUGAGCCCCGAGGAGUUCGCCCUGUUGUUAGAGAUGAUGUACACCGGCAAACUGCCUGUGGGCAAGCACAACUUCUCCAAAAUCAUCUCUUUGGCCGACAGCCUCCAGAUGUUUGACGUGGCCGUUAGUUGUAAAAAUCUUCUGAGUAGCCUUGUAAACUGCUCUGUUCAGGGCCAGGUGGUGAGGGAUGUCUCCGUGCCACCCUCGGAGUCAUCCAGGAAGGAGUCGGAGAAGCCCGAAGUAGAAAUCCUUUCUUCAGAGGGUGCGGGAGAGCCGCCUCCCCCCGGGGAGAGUUCCUCCCCAGUGAAGGCCGAGACGCAGGAAGCUGUCCCUACGGUUGCACAAGGGGAUGCUGACGCCCCAGCGGAGACUCCUCUCACUGCGGAAAUCUGUCCUUCCCCCCCUGUUGUCCAAGCCUUCAGUGAGGCACAGGAGGCCAGCACAGAACCAGAGUAUGAGACAAAACACUGCCAGGUGAAUUUUCUUCUAGAAAAUGAAAGUAUCUUCUCAGACGCACUCUUGGUUACCCAGGAUGUUUUAAAGAAACUAGAGGAAUGUUCAGAAAUUAAAGGUUGCCAGAAGGAGGCCAUGAUGGGAUGUCUGGUGGGUGCAGAAGGACAUUCAGCAUUCCAGAGAAUCCUGGAUAAAGUAAGAGCCGGGAGCCUGGAUGUUCAGACGGUUGUGUCCCUGUUGAGGUUGUACCAGGAUUCUAAUCCUGCAGUGAAGACAGCCCUGGCAGGUGGAAAGCCAGAGGCUGCGGAAGCCGUGCAGCCAAGAGGGAGCACGGGAGAGGGAAAGACCUUGUCCGCUCUGUUACUAGAACACAAAGAGGACCUGAUCCGGUGUGUAACCCAGCUGAGACCUAUUAUGGAGUUCCUGGAAACAGCCACGGAGGGAUUCCUGCCCGGCACCGAGAAAAGGGUGAUUCUGAAUUGCUGUGAGAGCGGAACACCCAAGGAGACAAUAGAAAAGUUGUUGCACAGAAUGUCUGAGGAGAGGACCCUGACUGCGGAGAGUUUGGUAAAAGUCCUUCAGGCUGUGAAGGUGCCGUUCCCGGAUUUGGGCCUCCUGCUGGCGAGUUUGCAGAAACUAGCCACUUUGCCCAGCACCGCAGUCCAAGCGAGCCCUGAAGAUUACGGGACGGAGCUAUUGAGACGCUAUCAGGAAAACCUCUCUGAGAUUUUCACAGACAACCAGAUGUUAUUAAACAUGAUCCCGCACCUGAGGAGUUUAGCCCCUGGAGAAAGAGAGGUCAUGGAGAAGCUGGUGAAACGUGACUCUGGUUCCGGUGGUUGCAGUUCUUUGAUGUCAGCAGUUCUAGAAAAGCAGACCCUGUCCGCGACAGCCGUUUGGCAGCUGCUGCUGCUGGUCCAGGAGGCGAAGGCCUGCCCGCUGAGCCCGCUCAUGGAGGAAAUGCGAAGGGAGCCGGGCGCCGCGGCUUUCUUCCGGGCAGUGAGCACCCCAGAAAGUGCUGCCUUAGGGGCCAUCCUGAGGCACCGCGCGCUGAUCCUGGAGGCCAUCCAGCACACGCUUGAACUCAAGGGCUUGACCUCGGAGGAAGAGCGCCUGGCGGAGGCUGUGAAAGAGAUUCUGAGCAUCUCCUCUGAGACAGACAGCCCUGAAGCCUCCAUGCGAGCAGUGCUGAGCAGAGCCGCGGAGAAAUCGGUGUCGGCCACUGAGAUGUGUCAGCUCCUGUGCAGCGCCCGCCGCUGCUCCCCUGGCCUGCAGCCUGUGGUGCAGGAGUUAGCACACACUGGUUUCCUUACUCAGGAAAAUGGGGAGAAGGACAGGUGGAAGGUGAGUAAUAAGUUUCACCUGGAAGCCAACACAAAAGCUGAUGCAAAGGCAGCUGAGCCCACUGAGGAAGACGGCCAGUCCCGGAAGCAGAAUGGCCAGGGGGAGGCUCGCUCCCUGCCAGAACAAGAGAAAGAUCCUUCUGCCUCCCCGGACUCUGCCAAGAAGAGCUUUGUGUGUACGGCCUGUGACAAGAGCUUCCAUUUCUACUGCCGCCUGAAGGUGCACAUGAAGCGCUGCCGGGUGGCCAAGAGCAAGCAGGUGCAGUGUAAGGAGUGCAAUGAGACCAAGGACUCUAAGAAAGAGCUGGAGAAGCACCAGCUGGAGGCCCACGGCGCAGGGGGAGAGGCUGAGGCCCCUAAGAAGAAGAAGAAGAGGCUUCCAGUGACCUGUGACCUCUGUGGGAGAGAAUUUGCUCAUGCCUCAGGCAUGCAGUACCACAAGCUGACCGAGCACUUUGACGAGAAGCCUUUCUCCUGCGAAGAGUGUGGGGCCAAGUUUGCAGCCAAUUCUACCCUGAAGAACCACCUCCGCCUCCACACUGGGGACCGCCCGUUCAUGUGCAAGCACUGCCUCAUGACCUUCACCCAGGCCUCGGCCCUAGCCUACCACACCAAGAAGAAGCACUCCGAAGGAAAAAUGUACGCGUGCCAGUACUGUGAUGCUGUGUUUGCCCAGUCCAUCGAGCUGUCCCGCCACGUGAGGACCCACACCGGGGACAAGCCCUAUGUCUGCAGGGACUGCGGCAAGGGCUUCCGGCAGGCCAAUGGCCUCUCCAUCCACCUGCACACCUUUCACAACAUAGAAGACCCGUAUGACUGCAAGAAGUGCAGGAUGAGCUUCUCCACGCUGCAGGAUCACCGCAAGCACAUCCACGAGGUGCACUCCAAGGACUACCACCCCUGCCCCACGUGCGGGAAGAUCUUCAGCGCCCCCUCCAUGCUGGAGCGCCACAUGGUGACCCACGUUGGAGGGAAGCCCUUCAGCUGCGGGAUCUGCAACAAGGCCUACCAGCAAUUGUCUGGUCUGUGGUACCACAAUCGAACCCACCACCCUGACGUGUUUGCUGCUCAGAACCAUCGAUCUUCUAAGUUCUCAUCACUCCAGUGCAGCUCGUGUGACAAAACCUUUUCCAACUCCAUUGAGCACAAGAAGCACAUCAAAACAGAGCACGCAGAUAUGAAGUUCCAUGAAUGUGAGCAGUGUAAGGAGCUCUUCCCCACGCCAGCUUUGCUUCAAGUUCACAUCAAGUGCCAGCACUCAGGGUCGCAGCCGUUCCGGUGCUUGUACUGUGCGGCCACCUUCCGCUUCCCCGGAGCACUGCAGCACCACGUCACCACGGAGCACUUCAAGCAGUCGGAGAGCACCUUCCCCUGCGAGCUCUGCGGGGAGCUCUUCACCUCCCCAGCCCAGCUGGAGGGCCACCUGGAGUCCGAGCACCCAAAGGUGGCGGGCACUGAAGCCCAGGCAGCGGCCUCGCAGGUGGUGCAGGUGAUCCAGACCCCGGAGCCGGCCGCCUCAACAGAGCAGGUGAUCACUCUGGAGGAGACCCAGCUGGCCGGGUCCCAGGUGUUUGUGACGUUGCCCGACUCGCAGACGUCUCAGACCAGCUCUGAGCUCGUGGCAGUGACCGUGGAGGAUCUGCUGGAUGGGACCGUGACCCUGAUCUGUGGUGAGGCCAAGUGA